AUGCGGCCAUUAACGCUCCUCCCCUCCAUAGCGUUGCUAGCGCUCACCGCCUCCGCCUCCUCCUCUCCCAGCGCCCUCACCACGCCCACGCCCACCGCCGCCUCCGCCCUAUCCCCGCCCACCGCCGAUGCCCCGCUCCCCACCAACCUCCCCACUCUGCAAGAGCUCAAACGCCGCAGCGGAGUCCCCGCCCUGGCGCUCAACAAGCGCCAGUACACCUGCCCCGCGAGCUAUAGCAACUGCAAUGACGGCUACUGCUGUGCGUCAGGCACCACCUGUAUAGGCAGCGGCAUCUGCUACGACUCCUCAAACAGCGACGCAAUGCUCUCCUCAAUGCUGGCAGACUAUACCACAAACGCCUACUACUCCUCCAUCUACAACUCCUACCUCUCCCAAAUGGGCAUAAGCACCGAGGCCGCAAUCCCCACCGGCUUCUCCGCCAGCCCCACGGGCACCGGCUCCUCCUCCUCCGACACAUUCUACGGUGACUCCUCCUCCUCCUCCUCCUCCUCCACCUCCUCCAGCAAAAAGUCAAAGAAGAAAUCCAACACCGGCAUGAUCGCCGGCAUCGUCGUCGCCGUCGCCGUUGUCGCAAUCCUCGCCCUCGCCGCAUGGUUCUUCAUCCGCCGCCGCAACAGGAACAAGGCCGCCGCAGCGGCAAUGAACCCGCCGCAGCCCCUCAUGACAACGGUCAUGCCGCCGCCGCCCCCGUCGCAGCCGCCGACGCCAGGCCCGUACGGAGGAUACAUGUCGACGCCGCCGCCCCCGCCGCCAAUGCAGGACCAGAAGCCGCCCGGGGUUGGAUACUUUGGGGCCGGGCAGCCGCCGCCGCCGCCGGCGGGCAUGGUGGAGGCUGUUGGCGACUCGGCGUACUAUCAGCAGCAGCAGCAGCAGCAACAGCAGCCACAGCAGCCACAGCAGGAUUAUAGCCAGCAGCAGCAGCAGUAUAACCAGCAGCAGUAUGGGCAGCAGCAGCAGUACGGCCAGCAGCAGCAGCAGUAUGGGCAGCAGCAGCAGUAUGGGCAGCAGCAGAUGUAUAGCAAUACGACGCCUAGCACGGUUAGUGCGCAGAGCCCCGGCGUGGCGCCGAGUGAGCUGGGGGGAAGUCAGCAUAUGAUUAGUCCGCAGGUGACGGGGUCUACGACGGCGGGGAUGGGGGGUAUGGGUGGUAUGGGGGGGCAUCAGCAACCACCGCCGCCCCCGCCGCCGCCGCAGGGGCAGGUGUAUGAGAUGCAUGAGGACAAUUAUAGGUCCAUGUAG